AUGGAGAGGAUAACUCAGGUUGUAUUACUCGUUACCUUACUUAUCAUGUUUACCUCAGUUGUGAAUCAGGCUAGAGCAAAAAGCUGUGUCGACACUCUAGGCACUUGCGAUGAGUUCUGCGAGGAGAGAUGCACAUCCAAACACGGGCUAAAAAGUGUUACCAAGUGUGACAGGUCUUUUGGGCUGUGUAAGUGCUACUACUCGGCGAGUGAUUGUGGCCACAAUCCUGAAGUGCCUCCAGGCCCUCCACAUACUACUUGA